AUGAGCGAGCCACAAUGCACCCCCAAACUCUACCUUGGUGGCAGCAAGAACGUUGCUGGCAGUGAGGCUUGGUCACAUUUCGCAGAUUUUUUGAGAGCCUCUCCGCGGGUUCUAUGCCUCGUAGGAGCUGGACUCAGCGCACCAUCUGGUCUCGCAACCUGGCGUGGGACGAACGGGUUAUGGAACGACAUCGAUUUGAAAGAGCUUGCCUCGCCUAAAAAAUUUCAAGAAGAUCCAGUGACGGUGUGGAACUUUUACGGCGAGCGUUUACUCAAGUCAUUAGCAGCUCAGCCAAAUGCAGCGCAUCAUGCGCUAGCAGCUCUUGCUAGGUCGCAUGAUGAAUGGUUAACCAUUAACCAAAACGUUGAUGGGCUUCUUGAGCAAACCAAUCACCCCACACCGAGCCUACUAGACAUUCACGGCACGUUGAAGAAUGUUUGUUGUACUACAUGCGAUUACAAUAUCAACGUUAACACGCCGCAUGAUAUUCCGUUCCUGCUGUUACUAUCUAAUGCUGAUGGUCAAUCACGCCCAGCGGAAAUUUCUGACCUUCCACAUUGCCCUGAAUGUACGAAUCUAUUGCGCCCAGGAGUCGUCUGGUUCGGCGAGAAACUUGGUGCUGGCGCGCCAGACAACAUUGACGACUGGAUAUCGCAAGAGCAGAUCGAUCUGGUGAUCGCUGCUGGUACAAGCCUAGAGGUUUUCCCGGCUGCAGAAUGGGUAAACACAGCGCGAACAUUGGGAGCGUCUUUGGCUAUUAUCGAUGUAGACCAUAGGUUUGUGGAUGAUUUGGACGACGAUGACUGGUUCUUUGAAGGAGAUAUCGCGGUCAUUCUACCUAGAAUACUAAGUUUUCUCUAA